UUCAGGCAAUUCAAUUGCGAAGUAUUGGCCUGUUCCACCGAUAAUCGUUUCUGUCAUCGAGCCUGGAUAAACACCGAAAAGGAGAAAGGUGGAUUGGGAAGAAUAUGCUUUCCGCUGUUGGCCGAUAGAAGUUUUGAGAUCUCUAGAGCCUUUAAGGUGUUGAACGAGGACGAAGGAGUCGCAUCGAGAAGUCUGUUCAUUAUCGAUAAUAAAGGCAAAGUGAAACAUUCCACCACCAAUGACACUGCUAUCGGAAGAUCGGUAGACGAAACAUUGAGAAUGGUCCAGGCAUUUCAACAUAACGAUAAAUAUGGCGAGUUGUGUCCUGUUGAUUGGGAACCGGGAGAUGAAGGCAGUUCUCAACAAAAGAAAAUGUAAAUUUCGGAAAUGAUCACUUUACUAUAAUUUUUGGUUUCGAGAAAAUAAUUUAAAAUUGAUUUAUUCACUGAAGAAGUUACAUAUGGAAUCAUUUUCAUAUUAUUAUAUAAACAUAUAACAAAAUUUGUCAUGUAAACGUAUUUUGACAUCUAAAAUUUUUUUACGUAAUACACAAAUAAAUCUUAUUAAAUGAAAGACUGCUCACAUUGAUAUCAUUUCAUUCGAAACGAUACGACGGGAUUGUCGGGAUGGUUAAAGGGUCAGCGUAUUGCUCUGCAAUAUCGGGGAUCGAAUCCACGCGAGCAACUUUCCAAGAAUUUUUUAUGGACGAUC